AUGGAGGAAUUUCAAGGAUAUUUAGAACUAGAUAGAUCUCGACACCACGACUUCCUAUACCCCCUUAUUUUUCGGGAGUAUAUUUAUGCACUUGCUAAUGAUCAUGGUUUAAAUAGAUCAAUUUUGGUCGAAAAUGCCGGUUAUGACAAUAAAUCUAGUUUAAUAAUUGUGAAACGAUUAAUUACUCGAAUGUAUCAACAGAAUGAUUUGAUCAUUUCGGCUAAUGAUUCUAUUCAAAAUCAAUUUUUUGGGCACAAUAAGAAUUUAUAUUCUCAAGUUCUAUCAGAGGGAUUUGCAGUCAUUGUGGAAAUUCCAUUUUUCCUACGACUAUUAUCUUCCUUAGAAAGGAAAGAUAUAGCAAAAUCUCAUAAUUUACGAUCAAUUCAUUCAAUAUUUCCUUUUCUAGAGGACCAAUUUUCACAUUUAGAUUAUGUGUCAGAUGUAUUAAUACCCUAUCCUAUCCAUUUUGAAAUCUUGGUUCAAACCCUUCGCUACUGGGUGAAGGAUGCCUCUUCUUUACAUUUAUUACGUUUCUUUUUCUACGAGUAUUGUAAUUGGAAUAGUCUUAUUACUCCCCAAAAACAUAUUUCCAUUUUUGUAAAAGGUAAUCCAAGAUUAUUCUUGUUCCUAUAUAAUUCUUAUGCAUGUGAAUACGAAUCCAUCUUCCUUUUUCUCCGUAAUCAAUCUUCUCAUUUCCGGUCAACAUCUUCUGGAGUCUUUUUUGAGCGAAUAUAUUUCUAUGUAAAAAUAGAACAUCUUGUUGAAGUUUUUUUUGAUAAUGAUUUUCGGGACAUUCGAUCCUUCUUCAAGGAUUCUUUCAUGCAUUAUGUUAGAUAUCAAGGAAAAUCAAUUCUGGCUGCAAAAGAUACACCUUUUCUGAUGAAUAAAUGGAAAUAUUACCUUGUCAAUUUAUGGCAAUAUCAUUUUUACGUGUGGUCUCAACCAGGAAGGAUCAAUCUAAACCAAUUAGGCAAGUAUUCUCUUGACUUUUUGGGCUAUUUUUCAAACGUGCAACUAACUUUUUCAGUAGUACGAAGUCAAAUGCUAGAAAAUUCAUUUAUAAUAAAUACUGUUAUGAAGAAGCUCGAAACAAUAGUUCCAAUUAUUCCUUUGAUUGGAUCCUUGUCUAAAGCGAAAUUUUGUAACGUAUUAGGGUAUCCCGUUAGUAAGUCGACCCGGACUGAUUCAUCAGAUUCUGAUAUUAUCGACCGAUUUGUGCGUAUAUGCAGAAAUCUUUCUCAUUAUCACAGCGGAUCCUCAAAAAAAAAGAGUUUAUAUCGAAUAAAGUAUAUACUUCGGCUUUCUUGUGUUAAAACCUUGGCUCGGAAACACAAAAGUAGUGUACGCGCUUUUUUGAAAAGAUUAGGUUCGGAAUUAUUGGAAGAAUUCCUUACGGAGGAAGGAAUUGUUCUUUCUUUGAUCUUCUCAAGAGCUUCACGAAGGUUAUAUAGAGGGCGGAUUUGGUAUUUGGAUAUUCAUUGUAUCAAUGAUUGGUUAUGA